AUGGAUUUCGAGCCGACUGAUGUCCUCAUUGUCGGUGCUGGCCCGGUCGGCCUGGUGACUGCCCUCGGUCUGGCCCAGCAAGGCAUCCCCACGAUCAUCAUUGAAAGACGAGAGUUGGAGGUCCAGGAGUCCUUUGGCCGAGCCAUUACUCUUUUCCCCCGCACUCUCGAGCUCUUCGAACAGGUCGGCGUCGCCGAGGAAAUAGUUCAACAAGGCAACAUUGUUCGGGGGAUUGCCACCUUCCAUGGCGGUAAAAGAGUGUCGGCCGUGGGCCAGCAGUCAAUGUUCACUGCCAUGACCGGAACUUUCCACGACUAUAUCAUCAACAUCCGUCAAAAGUCUUCCCAGGCCAUCUUGGCUGCCAAGUAUAAGGCCAUUUCAGGAAACGAAGUCCAAUACCAGUGGGAACUUGUUGACUACCAAAUCGACGACAAGCCCAAAGACGGUUACAAUCUCACAGCUACACUUCAACAUCCUCAGCACGGAAAACGCUCGAUCAGAUGUAAAUACCUGGUCGGCGCUGACGGAGUCACGUCUCAAGUCCGACAACUUGCCAAAAUUGAAAUGAUUGGUGACGAAACGGCAUACGAAUGGGUUCGUUUUGAUGGCCGUGUCAAGACCGACAUUCCUGCGACCGACCUUGGGUUCGUGACAAUUAACAGCGCCGAGUACGGCAAUGCCUUCGUAGCUCGGCUUGAUAAAGAUGCGUGUCGCCUGGGAUACGUCUUCACUCCGACGCUCAAGGCCAAGUAUCCCCAAGGUCUCAGCAAAGAACAGGCUAUGGAGGAGGUGAUCAAGUCCGUCAAACCGUUCAAUCUUGAGUUCGAGCGAGUCGACUGGUGGACCAUUUACACAAUCAAGCAAAAGGUAGCGGCGACCAUGCGAAAGGAUGACUUCGUGUUCCUUGCCGGCGACGCUGCUCACACACACUCCUCCGGCUUCGGCCAGGGCAUGAACACCGGAAUCCAUGACGCCAUUAACCUCUCAUGGAAGCUCGCUGGAGUCCUUAGAGGAUGGUACCAAACGGAAGUGCUCGAUACGUACUCCGAGGAGCGCCGUGCCGUCGCUCAAAAGGUCAUUGAUAUCGACAAGACCCUAGCGGCUGUGUUCUAUGGGCCCUCCGUCUUGGUCGACAAGGCUACCACUGGUAGUUUGGCCGUCGGUCAUCGCUGUCCUGACAUCCUUCUCAGAGCACCCGGUCCGUCUGUUCCCAUCCGCCUGCAAAGCAUUAUCCACAAGAACACUGGGCAGUGGAAUAUGCUCAUCUUUGCUGGUCGCCCUGGUCAGAAGACAGCAAAGGUCGCUGCGCUGCGUAGGACUCUCGAGUCUCUCUACGCGGUCAAUAAGUACGACCAGAUGGUUAGCUUCACGACGAUUGUCACUGGUACUAUUACCAACACGUGGGAUGUGUAUGAUGGACUUCCUUCUAGUUUGGUGCUUUGUGAUGUCGACGGACAGGGACACAAUACCUUUGGGAUCUCAGCCACAACCGGCGGGCUCGUGAUUCUGCGCCCAGACGGCAUCCUAGCUGGCAUUUACCCGACCGAAAAUGUGCAGGAGGUGGGACUUUUGUUCAAGGGUUUCUGGUCUGGUAGCACCAAGACACUCCCUCUUGUUUGA